AGGCGUGGAUCUGUCUCGCUCACUUUUGACAUUCUCGUGGCAGCAGUGGAUUCUCUUCGUAGCGCGGCUCAGGCAACAACACCCUGCCGGUGAUCGGAGGAGAAGCGAGGACAGAUCGCUCUUUACGGAUGCACCACACUUCGAUCCGUUCGGGGAAACCCUUUGUACCUGGACUACUUUCAAGGGGAGCGCUUCAAGCCAAACUCUCGCACUGCGCGGCGGCCGGUGGCGGAAUGUGAGAAACUUCCUUUUUGGCGCAUGUUCAUCUGCACCGCGCAGAGCCGCCUUCUUCUGCUUUCUGCGCGGCUGGAAGGCAGAGGAAGAGGUGGUGGUGGUGAAGUAGAAAGAGGAGGAGGCGGGUCGGCUUAUAACGACUCGGUCAGUUGUCUAUGGACGACAUUGGUCCCCUCUCUCCAAAGGCGAAUGCUUUCAGUAUUGCCUCUCUGAUUUCGGCUGCAGAGCAAGCAGGAAACACGGCGUUUGACAAACAAGGCGCCGGUCUGGACAGCCGGAGUUACUGUAAAAUGCACUACAGCACUGUCACCCGGGAAAUGGAAGCCUUCACGACGAGCAGCCUGAGCAGCCUCAACACGCCGGGGGGCUACCACCUCUCCCCGUCCCCCGGGGACCCGUACAGCCAACAUGAGUCCCACUUCGAGCCCUGCCCGGCCGCCCAGCACAACUACAACUACCCGGGCUCCAACCCGGGCCAGAGCCAGGGCCAGGCGAGCGACGGCGGGACUCCUAACUGCUCGUCGUCGUCCUCCAGCUCCACGCCGAACAGCAAGAGCAUCGUGAAGAAAAACCCCAAGGUGGCCAACAUUAGCGUCCAGCUGGAGAUGAAGGCUUUGUGGGACGAGUUUAACCAGCUGGGCACGGAGAUGAUCGUUACCAAGGCUGGCAGGAGAAUGUUUCCAACUUUCCAAGUAAAAAUCUUCGGGAUGGAUCCCAUGGCAGACUAUAUGCUGCUGAUGGACUUCCUGCCUGUAGACGACAAGCGAUACAGGUAUGCUUUCCACAGCUCGUCGUGGCUGGUGGCGGGUAAAGCUGAUCCUGCCACACCGGGGAGGGUGCAUUACCAUCCGGACUCUCCAGCCAAGGGCGCCCAGUGGAUGAAGCAGAUCGUCUCCUUCGAUAAGCUCAAGCUAACAAACAACCUGUUGGACGACAACGGACAUAUCAUCCUGAACUCCAUGCACCGCUACCAGCCCAGGUUCCAUGUGGUUUACGUGGAUCCCCGCAAGGACAGUGAGAAAUACGCAGAGGAAAAUUAUAAGACGUUUGUUUUUGAAGAGACUCGCUUCACGGCGGUCACAGCGUACCAGAACCACCGGAUCACACAGCUGAAGAUCGCCAGUAAUCCGUUUGCAAAGGGCUUCAGGGACUGUGACCCGGAGGACUGGCCCAGGAAUCACAGGCCAGGCUCCCUGCCAAUAAUGAGUGCCUUCGCCAGAACAAGAAACCCAAUGUCAUCUCCCCCUCAGCAGAACGGCACUGAAAAAGAAGAUGCCAGACGGGAAUAUGAAGGAGACCCCAGCGGCACCCCAAUUCACGCCGACCCGGCCCACCAGCUGAUGUCUCGUGUCCUCAGCCCGGCUCUGCCCGUCCCAGGAGGCCUGCACGCCGUGCCGCUGACGAGCGGCCGACCCAGCCCUCCCCACGACCUCCGGCCCGAUCCCCACCCACUGCCCCCGGACACCCUGCACCAUCACCCCUACAAGUACCCCACCGCUUACGAACACUACCUCGGAGCUAAGACCAGGCCUUCGCCUUACCCUUUACCGAGCAUCAGGGGACACACGUACCAUCACCACAUGAAUCCCGCCACAACUAACAUGUACUCGGCAACCAGCGGCCCGUCUAACUACGACUACGGACCCAGAUAAUGACUGCUGUCCGUCAAGGAUAAUGACGCAAAGCACUGUGGGAAAACUAGGUGGACAGGAACAGCAACACGGCUCAUUCAGGCGAUGGUUUCUGCAACACGUGGGGUUUAAUCAGAGGCUGAGACUCCCCUCUGCUGGAUAAAUCCUGUCAUAUUUAUUUAAAGGAAAUGCAUCUAAGCAUGGACGCCUGUUUUAAGCCCUCAAAUGGGUCAGCUUUGACCUUUGAACCUGAAUGGAAAGAGCUCCUGCUCGAGCAGCACAAGACGUUAAGCCAUCAGGCAGUGGGGAGGAAAAGGAGGACCCCGUUCCUCAAGACGGACAAGACUUUUGAUCACAGACUGGGAUUGAUUUAUUUUUUUCUUUUUGAUGCACUUUUCGAUUUGCUUUGUUUUUAUUGCUUUAAACAAAAAAGCCAUACGUUAUAUAGCGCCCACGAACCGUCUAGGUUAGUAGACGAGAUGUUUGCAGUUUGCAUGUUGAGCUCAUCGGAGAGGAUGUCAAAAAUACACCGAAAUGGAUUUUUUUUUUUUUUUUUUUGCUUAAAAGGAGAAAAUUUGCUUUUUCAAAAAAAUUUAUAAACACCUCGAGCCGCUCUGAGUAGCUUGUACCAUGGCACUGACGUGCAGCAAUUCUCAGUAAAUAAAAACAAAGCAGGAAGAGCUCUUCUGUAUCUGUAAAAUAAACAUUAAAUUCUUGUAAUUCAUCCAAACGAAAGGGUCUCUGUGCUGGUCUUCCAUUUGAAGUGCUCCCUGCACAAAAAAGCAGGGAAUGGUUUAAAGGAAAAAAAAAAAACAGCCUUGCCUCUCUGAUAGCACGGUCCGACCGGAUUUGCCCCGUUGAAGUCGGCUGAGGUGUCUGCUGCUUCUGCAGUUAUUGGCAGCCAAGAUUUGAAAGCUGUCUAAACAUGGGAAUGAUUCAAAUGGUGAAAUAUGAAAAGAGACACACACACAUUCACCUUUUAGCCAAACUGAACUGCUAAAGUGACUCUGGGUUUACCGCUUGCAAUUAUUUUUAUUUUACAUAAAGGAUUUAGACUUUCUUGUUCUUUUUGGAGUAAAACUAUUUAAAACUUUAUAAGGAAAGAAGAAAUCAUAAGCGCUUUGAGAAUAGAUUUAGCUUACCUGUUGGACAUUUGAGCUUGCAUCUUAUGCAGCCUUUAUUUUUCAUUUCAACCCCAGCACCUCCCAGUCUCCCCCCAGACGGAUAUCAUCACUCAUUUAUAAUGUGACACUCGGUGAUAUUUUGAGAAUGUGACCCCUCUGCUUGUCUGUGCAGCCAUUUCCAGCCAUCUCGUAUCUGAAGUCCUAUGAGGAAUGCUUUGUUGUCAAGGUUAAUCUCUUUGGGAGAAAAAUUCGGCUUUGUGGAUUUGUGGCUGUCAAAGAUUCAAAGGAAAGCGUUACCUAAUGAUUCAUCAUGAUAGUGUUUUUUCUUCUUUUCCUUUUGGCUCCCAUAGAGCAGAGAGCAUGGAAAAAUGAUGCCGGGGGGGGAGAGGGGGGCCCUGACCUCUGACUGUUAAAUGGCUUGUAAAGGUGUCAGAGGUUAAAUAAUGUUUCCACUCUCUCAAAUCACGGCUAAUUGGUUGCAUCAUUUUUGUUUGGUUGUUUUCGUGCAAUGGCCAAAAAUAUGGGCUAAUGCUAACAUUUAAUUUUUUUUAAUUAAUAUUUUUAUAACGUGUACACGGUAAUGGUAACUUACAGCCUAAGAAAUGUAGGAGUUAAAAGUUAGCUGUUGCGUUUUGUUCAUUUUAAAAAUGUCUU